AUGGAUGACAUAUCAGACGCCCACUCUUCCUCUGCCGCAGCCAUGUCUGCUGCGGCCGCAGCACAAGCUGCCCAUUUCCUCGUCCAGAACUUGUCCUCCGUCGACACGAUAUCUCGCUCUACGUCACCGGGCGUGCCAAUCCUGACCCCGGAUGAGGACGACAAGAAGCGAUACCGCCCGAGGACAUUCGCCUACUUCUCCCAGCUGCCCUUCGCCGUCGAGGAGGACCACGAGCGCGACGAGGCUCUGCAGGGCAUCCUGAAGAACCUGUAUAUCGCUGUCAAGGCUGAGGACUUCGCCCCCGGUGCGAUGCACUGGACCAGGGAGCUACAAGGAUGGUUGAACCUCAAGUUCGAGAUGGUUCGCGAGCUGCGCGCCACCCUCGCCCAGCUCUACUACCACCUCGCCCUGGCGCCCGGCCUCGACAGCAACACCGCCGAUCGUUUCACCAAGAUGGUCAUCACUCUCACCAAGAAAAAGACCUACCUGAAACCAGGCGACGACCUAUUCCUCGACUGGCGGCCGUUGUGGAAGGAGUUGAAAGGUCUGGUUCUGCCUUCAGAAAGCGCCGCGCAUCAGUCAAGUAGAAGAAAGAGCGGAAGGCACCUGCUGAGGCUAGCCAUGCACGCGCAGACAUAUUUCGACCCAAGCGACCGACAGGAGAUGCUGGGUGAAUUCCUGCCUCUGUUCAGCACCUCCGACCUAUCCUGCGCGUACAUUGCAACGGCCGCUAUAAAUGUGCUGGUGCCGACUGCGCCGUCGUUGCCCUCGCAGCCCCUUUCUCAGCCUUCCGACUACCUGCCCACAUACUUCCACCUCUGGUCGCUCAUGACGAGGUCCAAGUCUUUUGACAUCUUCUUCCUAGACAUCUACUCACGCAUAGCAAGAGACUACCUCAGCUGCACUCAUGUGCCGUACACCGAGCAUGGUAUAUUUACCAAGGACCAGUCAGACCUCAUCUUCACCGCCAUACUCCGUCUCACUGAGGUCCCCGUGGGCCAGGCAAACUCGCCAUACACUGCCCUUGACUAUUCCAUGGGCGCCGCCGUGUUUCUCGAGAGAGACAAGAAACGACACCCGGUGCCGCACAUCGUUGCUAGGUGGAUCGUGCACUCUCUGUCCCCCAAGUGCCUCAAGGCCGAGAGCUCCGUCAUGGCCAGCCUAGAAGGCCUGAUCGAGUCUAUUGAUACCUUUUUCCACCCGUCAAAUCAAGGCUCGUGGACCAACUUUCUGGCACAGUUCGUCUUCUUCCUCACCCACGGUUUCGUGUCCAGGUGGAACCGUGAGCAGGUCGGCGAGCUUGACACACCGGCUGAUCGGAAGAUCACCCCGGAGCUCAGGAAACGCUUCGUCCUUGCGCUCAAGGAGGUCACCUUCAUGGGCCUCUUUGCGAAGAGCAUGAAAGCGGUCAGUUAUUACACCAGCACACUACAGUGGCUGGCUUACCUCGAGCCAGACAUCAUUCUGCCUGGCGCAUUGCAAAGAUUCUACCCUAGUCUGCAGGGCUUGGUGGAAGUGCACCGCACCACAUCCAGCCUGAGCGGCCUCAUGAUGAUUGCAAAUGUCAUGUCAAAACACAAGGGCUUCAGGUGUCACCUCACAGCUUUGCUGGCCCUGGCACUACCCGGCAUCGACGCCAACGACUUGGGCAAGACACAAUACACGCUCAGCUUCAUACAGAGCGUUGCGUACAGCAUUCCGUUUGUGCCACUGGUCAAAGAGGGGUCUGAGGUGCGGGACACGGGCCUCGCUGUGCAAUGGGUCCAGGGCGAGAUGGACCGCAUGGAGCGCGAGGGCCAGGAUGUCCAGAUUAACUACCAAGAAGAGUUGUCAGACGAGGACGAGGCCAACAUUGUCCGCUCCUCCACCGCUGCCUUCGGGGAGUUCGUCCUUACUUUACUUGGCAAAGUUUUCACCCUCCUAGAGAACCUGCCCGACGCGUCACAAGUGCGCGCCAACUCCCCAGAAGACAAUGUCAUCAACACCCUACCCGCGGCUCUGACCCCGCUUUUUGCGUCGUUGUCGCCGGAGCUCUUCGACCAGGCUUUGGAAAAGGUAGCGGCUUUCGUUUCGUCUCAUGUCGUGCAUCAGGCCAGAGAUGCCAUGGCCUGGAUUUGCAAUGCCCUCUGCAAGGUCAACCCAGAGAAGACUCUCAAGGCGUUCAUCCCCAUGCUCAUCGUCAAUAUCCGUAAUGAGAUCGAUUACAAUGGUGCUGCGUCGGAUCGCAGCAGCGGAACUGAUGUGUUGCCACGGGACCGCGCUCUUGUAUGGCACGUGAGCAUGCUGAGCAUGACGGUCGUCAACGUCGGCGCCGAGGUUCUCAAAUACAAGACAGAGCUAUUUGACAUCGCCCAGUAUAUGCAAGACAAGUGUCGCGGCAUACCGACCAUACACAUAUCAAAUUACAUACACCACUUGCUACUGAACCUGACUCAUACCUACUCCGUCGAUACAAAUCUGUACGAGCCAGAGGUGAUCAAGAGGGGCUUGGAUGUGGACGACUGGGGCAAGACAACGUCUCCGGCAGACUUGACCAUCAAAUGGCACCGGCCAUCCACAGAGGAAAUCCAAUUUGCCGUCGAGCUCUUCGAGUCCCAAGCCCACGGCGCAUCUGAGAGGCUAGAAUCGCUAAUGAGUGACCAAACUCCUGUUAGCCGCAAGGGCAAGAACAAAGAAUGGGGAGACGAGGUCUCAAGGCAACUUACACAGCUGAGGCUCGUCAUCUCUGGUGUAUCCGCCCUGUUUGAUCCGAAACGAGCUGCUGGCGAAGCGAAUGGCCAGAGGACAGAAGAUGGCAGGAUUGAAGCAGAUGGCGAUACCAUCAUGGACGAGGACGAAGACCCUCUGGCCGAAGUUGCCGACGAUGAAGAACUGAAGCGCCAGUACCGGUACCCAUCCGGAUACAUCCUGGAUGCGAAGAGCCCGUUGUAUAAUCGUAUUCACGAGCUUCGGGAGGAUAUCGGACGGCUCCUCUCCAAAACUCAUGGUUUCCUCAAUACCAACGCGGAGGAUGAUGUUACCUGCUUCACCGCCUUGUACGCCACAUUCCGCACGUGGAUCACCGAUGUUGGCAUCGAGAGAUCUGCGCACCCGCUGGAGCGUCUGUCGAGGCUGUACAAGGCCGACAUCACUCCGUUCAAGAUCCCCGGCCUGCGCAAGGUCUAUCCUCGUCCGCUUCUGGUGAAGCGAGCAGAUGCGUAUCAACUUCAGCGGGUGAAAUACAAUGCCUCGUAUCGGCAAAAGAGCGACCUCGACAAGCGGCUUCUCCUUGAUCUUGCUGAAUCUUGCAUAUCCUCAUACGCCGAUGUCCGAAGAGUCGCACAGGGCGCACAAGAUUCGUCGCUCAAGGUGCUUAUCGGUGGUCGUCCUCUGGUAAUCCCAGUCAUACUUGAGAAAUACCGCAAGGCUCUCCAGGACAACGAUCACGACCACAUCAAAGGCGCAAUGUACACUUUGCUCUUCACGUCCCUGACGAAGACCCUAUUGAAAGACUGGCGUUUUGCCCCUGACCUGAUGCGACUGUACAUUCAGACGGCCAGCGUUGACAAAGCCUCGAUACAGCGGCUGCUAUCUACCGCGCUCUACCCCCUGCUCGACUUUGGUAAGCCCUUUGAGCGCAUGGUGGUGGUAGAUGCCAAAGCUGUGGACACGAUCAAGCCAGCGGAGGAUUGCUCGAAGGUCAUACAAACGAGGCACGAUUUUAUUCUUGAGCGCAGGAAGAGGGUCGAGACCAAGAAGGGAAUGCUGGGGCUCGAGCUCAUCGAGAAAGCCAAGGGGGCACAUUGGAAGGUCAGCCUCAAGUGCGCCAUUUUUGCAACAAAUAUGGUCCUCCGGUUCGACACGCUUGCGCCACAACAGUUUGUGGACUUGGUCGUCAACGGCACAAACGAUGAUCACCCAGGCUUGCGAGCCAACUACCAGCUCGCAUUCUCCAACAUCUUCUCAAGCAUCGACCUGAGAGCCGUUUACAGCCACAACUACCGCAACUACCUGCUGGAAGAGGACUCAGACAACGUCAAGUUGGAGAUUGAGGUUCCGGCUAACGACCCUGAGUGGACUGACAAAUUCAUCAGCUCCUUUGGCAGGCUCGACAAGGCUGACUACUUUGUCGAUGCUGACCACCCUGGAUGGCUGGUCUGGGGCAAGAAGUUCAACGCGUCCAAGGCUGAUCCUGAGCCCUUUACGGCAUACGACGAGACAGAGAAGAGGGUAAGGGAGCAGGUCGGAAAGCUCCUGACCAAAGAGUGGUUCGCAAAAUGCUUCGAGUUCAUGAAGCAAGAGCCUCGAGAUGCGAGUGCAGACAAGUUCCGCAUGCAGAAUGUGAUCCUUCUUAUGCAUGUUUUCGACUUGAUAAACUACGGCAUGACAGCUGUCAAAUUCGAGGACAUCAAGGAAUUGGUUGAAGAAAUCUACGGAGACGGGAGUGACAAGCACCAGCACAGGGCCACGGCAGAGAUCCUAGGCGCCAUGCUGUCAGGCGGCAUCGAUGAUCCCCGAGAAUAUCGAGACAAGGUCUGGAGUUUCGCGGGGCCGAUGAUGCUCAAGAUCUUCGACGACUCCCUGACGCCAGAGAACCUCCAGUACUGGAUGACAUGCCUCCACCUGACGGUAGACGCCAAGGAUCCCCGGCGUUCCCGUGAGAUAGUCGAGAGCUUGAGCUCCUUCAGACUGGACAUGUCCUCCAACGCUGCCUUCAAGGAAGCCGCCAAGGUUCAACUGCUCGAGCUCGUCAUCAACGACGCCGGCUGGCACUUCCAGCUGGAGAAGCCAAUUCUGGAAGACUUCCUGGCUCACAUUGACCAUCCAUACAAAUCUGUGCGAGAAUCCAUUGGUCGGGUGAUCGCCACAGUCUAUCGUACACGGUAUCACGAGUCCUUCCCCAACGUGACGAAGUUGCUUGAGGCCAACAAGGCGGAGUCUUCUGUGGGCAUUCGGCCUUACCAGCCAACAGCAGAGUUCUCUGCUACUGUCAAGGAGGUGUUCGCUCGCCUCGAAAAGUGGCGACACGAGCGGACUCCCGGCCAGCAGGAGCCAUCCAGCUACACGAAUGGAUCAAAGACGGUGCUCACCUGGCUCGACUCAAUGCUGAGCUCCCAAGAAUGCACCCAGCUCGUCCCGUUCUUCCCGGAUCCUUUCAUCGACCAGCUGCUUCAUAUGAUGGACGUCAAGGAAGACCCAGAGCUCAUGCGGCUAGCAUAUCACGUAUACCGACACCUGGCCAAUAUCUCGUUCCGUGAGGGCGAGGACGAGGCUUUCAUCAAGGCUCUUAUCCGCAUAGGACGGUCUGCUUCCUCAUGGCACCAACGCCUGCGCGCGCUCGUGAACAUGCAAGUCAUAUACUUCCGACGACUCUUCUUAACGGCACCUAAGCACAGAGAGAUGCUCUUCGAGGCCGUGGGCGACAUGCUCUCUGACACACAGCUCGAGGUGCGGGACUGCGCGUCCAACACACUUGCCGGAAUGAUCCGUUGCUCCCCAGUAUCUCUUCGCACCCCCAUCAUCAAGAGUUUGAUUGAAAGAUUCAAGCAACAGCUCAGAGAAAAUCCAAUGCCAAAGCGCAAGCUUCCGGGGACAGACACGCCAGUGGACACCCAGAAGCAAGUAGUGCGACGCCAUGCCGCCGUCCUUGGUUUGGGAGCGCUCAUCGAGGCUUUCCCUUAUGCCACCCCGCCCCCACCAUGGAUGCCAGAUGUUCUCGCACAUCUGGCCAGGAGGCCCGCCACAGACCCGGGAGUUGUGGGUAAAGCGGCCAAGACUGUGCUAGCAGAGUUCAAGAAGACGAGGCAGGAUAGCUGGACGGUUGAUCAGAAGUACUUCACGCCUGAGCAGCUUGAGGAUUUGGAAGGCGUGCUUUGGAAGAGUUACUUCGCUUGA